AUGGCUCCCGCUCCCACUUCAGAUUCGUCGGCGUCGCCUAUUGGCAUCGCCAAUCUGCCCAACCAGCGACACAAGAUUGUCGCAAAGCGAGGCGCUGCUUUCACUAUCAUGGUUGCUGGCGAGUCGGGGUUGGGAAAGACCACCUUUAUCAAUACUCUGUUCUCUACCACAAUCAAGAACUAUACCGAUCACAAGAAGCGGCACGCCAAGCAGGUCGACAAGACCGUCGAAAUCGAAAUCACCAAAGCUGAGCUGGAAGAGAAGUUCUUCAAGGUUCGGCUGACCGUCAUCGACACCCCCGGUUUCGGCGACUAUGUUAACAACCGUGACUCGUGGAUGCCUAUUAUCGAAUUCCUCGAUGACCAACAUGAGUCCUAUAUGCUCCAGGAGCAACAACCCCGCCGAACAGACAAGAUCGAUCUGCGUGUCCACACCUGCCUCUACUUCAUCCGCCCAACCGGCCACACCCUGAAGCCCCUCGAUAUCGAAGUCAUGAAGAGACUCUGCACACGCGUCAACUUGAUCCCUGUCGUUGCGAAGGCCGAUACACUAUCACCUGCCGAUCUCGCCGUGUUCAAGCAGAGAAUCCGAGCCGUCAUUGAGGCUCAGGGCAUCAAGAUCUACCAACCACCCAUCGAGGAAGAUGAUGAGGCUGCUGCACAGCAUGCCCGCGCCCUCAUGGCUGCUAUGCCUUUCUCCGUCAUUGGUAGCGAGAAGGACGUCAAGACUUCAGAUGCGCGCAUUGUGAAGGGUCGUCAAUACGCGUGGGGUGUUGCCGAGGUUGAGAAUGAAGAGCACUGCGAUUUCAAGAAGCUGCGGUCCAUUCUCAUCCGUACUCACAUGCUUGAUCUCAUUCACACCACCGAAGAGAAUCACUACGAAGCCUACCGUGCUCAACAAAUGGAAACAAGGAAGUUUGGCGAAGCCCGACCAAGGAAAUUGGACAACCCCAAGUUCAAGGAAGAGGAAGAGGCGCUCCGAAAGCGUUUCACCGAACAGGUCAAGGUUGAAGAGGGGAGAUUCCGCGGCUGGGAACAGAAGCUUAUCGGGGAACGCGACCGUCUGAACAAGGACCUCGAAGCCACCCACGCCCAGAUCAAGCAGCUUGAGGCCGAGCUGGAGCAAAUGCAAGGCAGCGCAGUGAGAAGUCACGGUCGUCGUUAG